AUGUUCAACCCGUGCGUCGGCGGGCUUAUCGGACAGUUGCAAUUCAUAGUACAUGCAUUCAAAGAUCUAACUAUUCUAUUCAGCCGCAAGUUGUUCAGGAAAAGGAUUUUCAUUGUAAACAAGUAUAAGUGGUAUCAUCGGCACGGAUAUUGGGCCACAAGGAAGAAGAAGAUCGACUUUGACAAGUGGAGGCCAUAUCGCUACAAUGAAGUCAAGGGCAGUGGAAAGAAACCUAGGAUGUUUUGGCAGGAAGAAUCAUACUAUAAGCCUCUAAGGAAUGCUUUGAGAUUUUGGUAG